AUGGCAUCUAUUAUGGAAAAGAUCAAGGAGACUGUUGUUCCCUCUAAUAAUGAGGGUUACAGCAAUAAUCCCAGCUCUUAUGAUAAUGAACCCCCCAGCUACGAGUCCUCCCACUCCAACAACAACUCUGGCAUCUACAACUCUGUGACAGAGAACAACGCCCAGCGUGAAUUCAGCUCUAACAACGCUGCACCACUUGAGUCAACCAGCACUCACAACGAGGGCGUCCGAACAGGUGACCAAAUCAACUCACUGGUAGAGAACAUCCCAGGAGUAUCUUCCUCGAACCAGAACAAGUCUACAUCCGAUAUGCCUUCAUACCAAAACAACAUGCACCGCGACACCACUUCCGACACCCCCUUUGAUGCGGCUCGUGCUCCCCCUUCUGCUUUGAAGAAGCAUCUUGGUGAACCUACAAUUGAGCAUGAUUAUCCCCAUGAUAGUUCGACAAAGAGACAUGCUUCUGUUAGUCACCAGGAGGAGCACUACCUUAACUAG